CUUUGUGAAUAGCGUCUCGUCAUGAAGUAUAACUAUCCUACACAAAUAACAUUGCAUGCUGCCAAGUCCGCAUUAACGCGACCAUGGACGCCCCUAAACCUGACUUGAUUACGCGAAAAAAGCGGGAUAGAACGAAUGAGAACUUCGAGAAAGCAAGAGAGAACAUCAUGUGGCGGUGCGACGAAAUAAGCCGCCGCUACCAGUCAGAUGUCUAUGUCGUGUUACGAAGGAGACACAAGCAUUAUGAGAACAGCUCUACCAAUGACCCGGCGUGGCCGAUAUCCAGAGCUGACAUGGUUGGGAUCUUUCCCGCUUCCUUUUGCAUCGCUAAUGCCCUUUAAGGAAAAAGUAUAUCCCCUGCCCAUGAGG